AUGAGAAUUACGACCAGAGUUCCACUGAGUGAAAUGAAAGUAAAAGACACAGAGUUUUGUUUACCCGGUGUUCGUUUCCUACUCACUGGGGGAGAAAACACGUCUCCCGUCGUUUUCACUAUCGCCGGAAACGUUUACAGAUGGUUCCGGUACACCGGAAACUACCGUACUCUGUUACAAAGGAGCCUUGGCUCAAAUCUCUCUAGAGAUGGCUUGAGGGUUAUAACGGAGAAGAAGACGUUGACUCGCCACGUGUUCCUGAGCUCCAGCUGCUCAUCUGUGGACUUCUCAGAUGGGCUUAAGUGA